AAUCAGUUGUUCGGUGUGCGUGUGUGGAAAAAGUUCGAGUUCGCCGAGAGAAGCGUGAAAAUCCGAUAUCGAAACUACGUUUUUUUUUUAGUCAUUAUACCGAUUGGCUAUGCAAAUUUAAUUGCGGAUCUCCCAAAUCAUCGAAAAGCCAACAGGUCGCCCCUCAACCAAAAUAAACACAACAAUCGAGCCGCAAAUGAAACGGGCAAAAACAGCAAAGGCAACUGGCGAACCGCUUAACCGGUUUCGAAAUAUCCAUCGUAGCACAGUUUCCUCGUCCAUAUAAUAUUCCGAUUGCAGUGGAUCAAAAUAUACACACACACACUCGCAUAUAAAUUCGCAGAUAUACGUUGUUUGUGUGAGUUUCUGUUUGUGGUUCGCGUGAAAAAUAGUUUUGACAAAUAAAUACAAAGCCAGACGCCGACAUAACUGUGAAAAUAAACCAUAAGCCAGACAGCAGCCAUGGGUUAUUCCAUUAAGAACUGCGAAACGGGUGAGUUGGAGUACUUCUACACAGACACCGUCCGCGUUAAUAGACCGGCCUUCGAUGAGGAGACCGGUGAACCGAUCCACGACCAGGUGACCAAGGUUCACUUCCGCAAACACACGAAUUUCCAUGUACCCAAGCACUAUCUCCGCGGAACCAUAUGCGAUGAGGUAGACGACGAGCUGGCCAAUACGGUGAGAUAUGGGGCAGCCACCGCGAUUCCCAACAGGGCACCCAAAAAGGUCACUCCGGGCUACGAACGCGAGGACUAUUGUCAAAUGGAUGGCGUGAGCAACAACAUAAUCCUGGGCUACAACCGCAACCCCUACUUGCUGUUCCUGGUGCCCACGCUCUUCUGCUACAACUUCGUCAUUGGAGCCACGCUGGCCCUCAUCGAGAUCGUCCUGCACAUGAUGUCCCACCACAGGAACGGUCUCACCAUGCAGAAGAGCCUGUACUUCCGUAGUCCACUCAACGUGCUGUCCUCGCAGUUCUGCGCCAUCUGCCGCACGGAAACCGACAGCAAGUACAACCGCAUCUUCGAUAUCCUUAACAAGCAGAUGCGCAACGCACAUCGCUCCGAGGCGCUGAAGGACAUGGCCAAGGCAAUUGGAUAAGCUGGGAGAGAUUCGAUUUGAUAUGGUCCAUAUAUUUAACACAAAUGUUUUUGUCACACGGUCAACAAAAAAUAAAUGCACUCGUUUAUCACUC